GCACAACCUGAAACACUGCAACAAUCAACUCCUCUGCACUGCGCCCAGCCAAUGCACGAUGUCCGCUAAUGACCAGGCUGGUGGUGCGAGUUCUUCGCGCACUCUAUGGCGACCGCUCUCGAGCUCUACAAGGAGCUUGCAACAACAGAUACAUUUUCAAUAAGAACGUAAAACUUCGACAUGUGCAUUUGGAUAUCCAUGAUACUGAGUUCCAGUACGAUCCGAGGACCAAUGCCUCCAGUGUUGUUCGUAUCAGCAACAGCUCGGUCCCGCCUCCGCUGGAGGAACGAGCAUACCUUUGGCCGUUGCAAUACAAGAUCAAAUCGCUGUCCCUCAAUGACGGAGACUUUGUAGAGGGUGUUGCUGAUGAGGAUAUGAGAGCUGGUUACGGACCCAGCUGGAACACCUCAGCGCUGCAGGAAUUUCACGAGAUUUGUUGCCACUUCAAGAAGUUACAACAAUCACAGCUGUCCAGGUAUCGCGCGCCUGUGUCAGACAUGAGUUUCCCGAUCUGGAUCUGUUUCGGUAUGAUCCAGGUCUCUUCAUGGCGGACCCUGGUACUCAGCUGUUGGGUUGGUAAGGAAAGAGCUCGAUGUCAGGGAAGAUGCAAAGAGAGCGACGCUUUAGCUGAGAAGCACCAACGUAGAGUCAGAACACAUCUGCCGAAGCUCUACUUACAUGCCAAUGCAAGUUGACGGGUUUUUUCGUACACUGUGUGAAAGCCGACGGUACUAUCUCGAGACACAAAUGGUCCGGUCCAUGGCAGGGGGUCAGUGUCGACGUGUAGGUGGAUCAGCUUUUUCUGACGUUUGCGAAGAUACUUGAGACGGUCUAUGCUGAUUGGUAGACCAGGUAGCAACCUCUAUUCAGAGUCAGAGAACUGUGGCCAAGACUCAUGGGCAACGGCUUGUUGAGAUGUGAGAGCGAUUGACCGGUUGAACACUCACCUGACUGUAUGUAAACGAUCGUCUGGCAGGCAACGCAGCACGCGCACAAUCGCUGAAUCAUCCUGCGGAACCUUUCGAUCUGAAUAGUCGUUCGGAUCCACGUGAC